CCGUUUUUUCUUUAAUUCUCAUCUUCUCCACCUGCCGAUUUCCUCUGUUCUAGUUUCGAAGCCGUUGUUUCCAUCUCCUUCUUUCAGUCUCUUUUCUUCUUCAUUCUCUGCUUGUUGGUUGGUAGUGUAAGUUGGUGAAAGUUUUAAUUUUUAAUCCCUUCUCGUUCCUUGUCUUCUUGCAGAUCUGGGCCAAGCGACGAAGCGGCAUGGGUCGGUGAAGCCGAACGAAGCGGCAAUACCGGAGGGGAGUGAAGCGGAGGGUGUUCCGGCCACGAGACUUGACAAGAACUUUGGAUUCUCGAAGCAUUUUGGGAGCAAGUGCGAGCUAGGGGAGGAAGUUCAGAGAGGCCAUUUUGGUUAUACAUGCUCAACCAAGUUCAAGAAAGGGGAACUCAAAGGACAACAAGUUGCUGUUAAGGUUAUAUCCAAAGCGAAGGUUAGAACAGCAAGUUUUGCUGCCCUGAGAAAUCAAUGAUGACAGACAAUGACCAAGCCAAGAAAGGAUCUGGGGGAGCAAGGGGAGACAAGGUUGUCCUCAAGACAACAGAUCUGGACUCACCUUAUUAUCUUCAUCCCAGUGAUGAUCCUGGCAGGGUUCUAGUCACAUCUCCUUUAACAGGAGAAAACUUCCAUACAUGGAGGAGAGCAAUGCAGAAUGCUCUAUAUGCAAAGAACAAAAUGGGGUUCGUUGAUGGAACUCUUAAGAAGCCAAGUGCAGAUUGUCCAGAAUUUCUGGCUUGGACGAAGUGUAACUCCAUGGUGUUGUCAUGGAUAUUGAAUGCUCUCUCAAGGGAAUUACAUGGCAGUGUGGCUUAUGCGGAGAGUGCAGCAGAGGUCUGGGAAGAUUUGAAGGAACGUUUCUCACAAGGAAACACAUCCCGAAUAUAUGAACUGAGGCUCGAGCUCGCAACAACCACUCAACAAACAAGAUCUGUAACAGCUUAUUUCACAAAAUUGAAACCCAUUUGGGAUGAGUUGCAGGCUCAUGAACCUGUGCCAACAUGUACUUAUGGCUGCACUUGUGGUGCAACAAAGGAGUUUACAAGGGCACGAGAGACUGAGAAGGUUCAUCAAUUUCUCAUGGGCUUGAAUGAGAAUUUUUCUACCAUGCGCUCACAGAUUUUGAAUAUGGAACCAUUACCAUCUCUCAACAAGGUUUACUCAAUGGCCACAAAAGAAGAAAAACAGCAAAUGGUGUCUGCAUCUAGAAGUCCAGCUAUAGAGGCAACGGCUUUAGCAGCAAAGACAAGUUAUAACGGAAGGGUGAGCACAUCAGGGAAACCACGCUGUGAUCACUGCAAAAGGAUAGGCCACACAAAGGAAAGAUGCUAUGAAAUAAUAGGCUAUCCAGUGAGUUGGAAACUAGGACAAAUGAAGAUGAGGGGUAAGGGGGAGCAGCAGAAACAUCAGAACACAGAUAAGGAUGUGAUUUUUGCAGCAAAUGCAUCACUUGACCCACAAAUGACUAGAGGUCAAUUGGAUCAAUCGCCAAUUACAGGACUUACCAAGGCACAGUAUGAUCAACUCCUCACGCUUCUUGGUGGUAAUUCUGAUUCUAAACAAUCUAUCAAUCUUGCUGGACCUAGCCUCGAGGAGGUUGAUUGGAAUGGGAGAUUGGUUGGGAGACUGCUUUAUUUAACAAUCACUCGACCAGAUAUUUGUUAUUCUGUGAGUAUUUUGGCUCAAUUCAUGCAAAAUCCCAAGCAAGAACAUUUUGAGGCAGCCAUGAAGGUCCUCCGUUACAUCAAGAGAUCACCGGGGCAGGGGAUUUUAUUAUCUUCUUCAAGCAAGUUGCAGCUGGUGGCAUAUUGCGAUGCUGAUUGGGCAGGUUGCCCUCGUACACAACGCUCCACCACAGGGUACUAUAUUUGCCUUGGGAGCUCUCCAGUCUCUUGGAAGUCAAAGAAGCAAUCCAUAGUUUCACGCUCCUCUGCUGAAGCAGAGUACAAGGCUAUGGCUUCCACAGUAAGAGCCAAAGGCUGCUUGAGCACAAUCAAGCUCAGAUUCCAGGGAAGUAAGCAAGACUUGAUUUCACCUAUCAUGGGUUUCGAUUGUUCGGAAAUAGGAUUUUGAAUUGAGUAGAUUUGAUGCCUUAUUGUUUACUUCACCCAUGAUUAUGAUGAUAUAUAUUUUAUGCGAAAGCCAAAAGGAAUUCUAUUUUUGGUUAUUUGUCUAGUUGUUGUUCAAUUCAAUGUAUGUUAUAGAACCUAUUUCUCUUUGUUUGUUUUAAGGUUAAAAUGUCUAAAACUAGGACUUGUGUAAUUAAUUUGCAGAAAAGUAUGUGAAUUGAGUUUAUUAGACAGUGGCAGUCAAGGUUCUACAGGGUCAUUAUCUAAUUUAAAUGGUUCAAAAUUUUCUGUAGUGUGGUCUUGUGGACAACAUUCCGAAUCUUUGGACUCAACCAAGAUACCUGAAUCUAUGAGCAGCAAGCAAAAUGUGAGCACACACUCAAUUUCUGAUGGACUUAGUGAAGCAAUGGAUUGUUAGAGGAGCAAAAGAAGAGGAUUAGGCUGUCACAAGUUGGUAGGAAAAAGGACUUUGUUCAUAUCGAGGGGAUAUAGGGGCAAAACAUUAAUGUGGUUCAAGGACUCGAGCUUCAUAUUGGGGUUUCAAUGCUGAGGAGCAAAAGAAGAUUGCAGAAUGUAUCUCUGAUCCACAACGAAUGGGCUGGAAAGGACAGCUUAGAGGUAAAGUCCAUGUGAAGUCAUAAACUUUUUAUUUUAUGCUUUGAUUUGGAAUAUUGUUAUCCAUCCUAAAUUGUGUUUUAUUUACCCAAAUUGGACGCUGUUCUUGCCAAUGUCAGGCAGUAUUAAGUGAACACAUUAUUGAAUAUGAUUGAUUUGUUUGAUCAGAUACCAUCCUAAUAAAUUCAGCACUCUAACCAUCAACACAAGGAGCAUGCCAUUGCAGCAAACUUGAUGUUUAGGGAAAUGGCUUUUUAGUAAUGAGUACAUUAAUUAGUUUUAAGCUUAUCACAAGAAAGUAUAGAAUAGAGAUGAUGUUGAUUUAUAGAUUUGCAGUUGAAGUUCAUUGAAUUGCUUGAAAAUUGUUC